CCUCAUGCUCGGACCACAACAAACCGUGCAGGGCGUUUGACCAGGGCCCAAGGGCCGGAAAUUUUCACGUUUUCGUGCGUUGGGUUAGAAUUACAAGAAUGGACCUGUUCUCGGACGAGAAUGGUAACGACGUCUCAUUCUCAUUCAAAGACCUGCCUGCUGGAUGUGCCUCUACUCCCAAAAGACCAAGAGAAAGGCCAAGUACCAACUCUGCUCCUUCCAAAAGACUAAAGCCUGCAGCUUUAACUAAUACUACCGCCAGCCUUGUGUGUCAGAUAUGUGGGAAAACAUAUGUCCUUCAGUUCUAUUACCAGAAACACCUCCAAACUCAUCAGCCCUCAUCGUCUGAUGUGUCUCAGGUUUCUCUUGCUGUUGAUCAAAGUUCACUCAUCCAACUCAAUGAUAGUGAUCUCUCAAUUAUUAAUUUUAAUAAUAAACCGCAAAAGAAGCAAACAUUUAAAGUGCCAGCUGUCCCAAAAAAAGAUAAAGUUUCUAAAAAGAAUGAGAGUAAGAAGAAGACAGAGCUUAUAUGCACUUAUUGCCUCAAGAAAUAUAUUUGUUCUAGAUCUUUCAAAACACACAUGAGAAAUCAUGUUGUCCAAGCCGCUGCUUCUCGGUUUCCUGACAGAGAGGAAAUUUUAGGAAAUGUUUCCGACAUAUGUUCUGCUGCACUAACGGAGGUUGCUAACAGUCCAAGUUUUGGUCCAAGUGGAGCAGUAUUUAAGCAGUUAAUAGGACAUGUAGUUGGUCUGCCUGCAGAAGACUUGCAUAAAUUCUCUACUUUAAUUUGUACAGAAUUAAUAUGUGAUGUAUGUAAACAGAAGACCAUGUUGCCAUCACCACUGAUGAUCAGCCUGUUUGAUAAGAUGGAAGAAAUAGUAUCAGAUGACAGUCUUUGUGAAGAAUAUUUAAGUGUGUUGGGAUUAGAUAGUUUUGAAAUUGAUGCUCAAUCACAGUUUUUAAUGGAAUUCAUGUUAAAUUUCACUUUGGAAAUAUUUAAAUUUAUUUCAUCAACAUACAGAUCCAAGUUUACUUGCAGCAGACAGAGAAAUUUUGUGCUUGACCAAGAUGACAAGCAGGUUGUGUAUUAUAUUGCUGGUUCGAUUAUGAGGGGAUACCUAAAAAUGGCAAGGAGGCAUAAAGAAAACCUUAAGUGGCAAAAAAUAGAAAGUGUUUUGAGGUGUAAAGUUUUGUGCGAGAAACCUGUUGGGGAAAUUGAUGCUGAAUGGACAGCAGAGUUAGACAGGGGUGGACUUCUCUACAUUCAGCAGUCAGUCCAAGAAUUUUUCAAGAAAGUGUGUUUAGUUGUGUUUGCGUGUGAGAAAAGGGAUGGAAGUAUUGACUAUGAUGAUGUUAUUGCCAAAGUGAGUAACUGUGAUAUCAGUGUGGACUGGGACAAUAUUAUUAAAGAUUCACUUUCUGAAGAAGUCUCUAUUAGUCUUAUGAAUGAUGUGAUAACAUGUUUUAGUAGAACUUGUGGUCGGGGUGUUGCCAAAAGACGUCUAAAUUUCUUGCGGCAGAAACCUGUCAUUAGCAUGGCAACAAGAGUGUCUGUUGCACGUCGCAAGAAGGCAUAAGAGGGCCAAGUGUUUUCAUUGUUUCACUCCUUUUGUAGUAUGUGAUUUUCCUACCAUUAGUGUGUUUGAACAAGUGUUAAUUUAGUUCAUGUUAAUCGGUUAACAAAACUCUAGAUAUUUAAUUUUUUAUCUUCCAAAGACAAUUUAGUUCAUGUUAAUCGAUUAACUCUAGAUAUGUAAUUUUUUAUUUUCCAAAGACAAGUGUGAUUACAGUAUCAAUACUUUUGAUUUAGUGACUUUGAGCUUUAACUUUGAGAAUUUUAUUUAGUAAAUGUGUCAAGUGUAUUAUCUAUGUGCCAUAUGUUGACAAGACAUUGAAAAAUUAAUAAAUAGUAAAAGAAUAUGACAGUGACAAAGCAGCUU